AUGACAGACGUUAUUGGGGCAAGAUUUGAACCUGCUUGCUAUACUUUUCCUGACAAUCCAGAAAUCGUGUUUACAGAACUAACAGGAAUUGGCACACCAAGCUUUCCAAAUCUCCAAAUUUACUGUAAAAAUUUUAGCUUGGAGACGUACGACACGUUUUUGAUCUUGACCUCUACGAGGUUCACAUACGUCGAUCUUCACCUUGCGCAGAAAAUCAAGUCUAUGGGAAAAUCGUUCUUCUUAAUACGAACAAAAAUUGACCUGGAUGCAUUUAACGAAAAACGAAAGAAACGUCCUGAUAAGGAGAAGAUGUUAAGAAUGAUUCGAGCUGAUUUAUAUAAAAAUGUAAAAGAUCUUGGCAUUCGUGAAGACGAGAUCUUCCUUAUUAGUAACUACGAAACAGAUAGAUGGGAUUUUAAACGCCUGGUCGAAGCCAUCCUGGAAAAGUUGUCUACCGGUCAAAAGGAAGCUUUAACCCUCUCGUUGAAGAUUUUAUCUCAUGAUGUUGAGAGAAAAAAUGUCGAUGUUUUAAAAG